AUGUCGAUUUUGCCCUCCCAUUUAAGUUUAAUUGUUGAUAAGAUGCUUGCUACUAAUGACGGGUGCGGUAUUGUUACUGGAACUAUGGUUUCCAAUUUACUAACAAGAACAUCUGAUCAUUCUGCCAUCUUCCUGGCAAUCCGCGAUUAUGGACCAAUGGGAGGUGGGGGAAGGAAAAGUUUUCGUUUUGAAAUGACAUGGCUAUAUGAUGAAGGGUGCAGGACUGUGGUGGCUAAGUCAUGGGGUGAAGGGAGGAAUGAAGGCACAAAAAAUGAUAUUGAACACUGUGGGAAUCAUCUGGCCCAAUGGGGAGGUGACCGCUAUCACAAGUUUGGUGAAAAAAUCACGCAAUUCCGUAGGGAACAGCAGCAUCUGAGAGGGUGCACUGAUUCAGCCUCCCUAGUGGAAUUCCAACUUUUGGAGGAAGCCCUGUGCCGUAUGGAGACCCAGGAGGAUGUGUACUGGAGACAAAGAGCCAAGCAACACUAG